UCAUCUGAUCAACUCUAAAUCUCUUUCUCUCAAGAGCAAAAGAGAUGUCAUCAAUAGCUUCUGCUAACUAUGCAAAACUACUGAACUCUAACAAUGGUUCCUCAAUUUCUUCUUCUCCAAAACCCUUCAGACCCGUUAUGCAAUGGCAAGACGUCACGGUAAAGAUGGUGGUGGAUGCACCAGCUUCCGUGGCUUACAAGUUAUACGCAGAUCGUGAAAUGUUCCCCAAGUGGAUGCCAUUUUUGUCAUCUGUUGAGGCAAUGGAGGGUAGUCCAGACCUAUCGCGUUAUUUGGUAAAACUCGAGUCUUUUGGACAAAAUAUUGAAUAUCAUUUUCUCGCAAAAAAUUUACAGCCAAUUCCAGAUCGAAAGAUACAUUGGAGAUCUAUCGAAGGCUUUGAAAAUAGAGGCAGUGUUCGAUUUUUCCCAAGAGGACCUUCCUCGUGCUUAGUAGAGAUUAAUUUUUCAUAUGAAGUUCCAAAUGCUUUUGCUCCAGUUGCAUUUGCAAUGAAACCGUUUAUGGAGAAGCUUAUUCGUGGAGGAUUGGAACGUUUUGCUACUUUCGUGAAGACCAUUUAAGGCAAAAAUCAAGAAUCAUUACCAGAAAACUUUUACUUCAGCCAAAUAAAUGAUUUAUUUGUUUUUGGAUAUGAAACGUCCAAACAUGUAAUGUUGUUCAUAUUAAUUUACUGAAAAGUAAAUAGUCUAAGGUCAA